UAAUGGAGGAAUCAAAAUUAAGAAUUGCCAUCAUCAAUAAAGACAGAUGUAAACCUUAACGUUGUGCUUUGGAAUGCAAGAAGAAUUGUCCAAUUAAUAAGAGUGAGAAAUUGUGUAUAGAAGUUACAAAGUAAAGUAAAUUAUGCACAAUCAAUGAAUCAUUGUGUAUUGGAUGUGCUAUUUGUGUUAAGAAAUGUCCAUUCAAAGCAAUCAUGAUUAUCAAUUUACCCAAAGAUUUAUCUAAAGAAUUAACACAUUAAUAUGGAGCCAAUUCAUUCAAAUUACAUAGAUUACCAACACCUAGACCAGGAUAAGUAUUAGGAUUAGUUGGUACUAAUGGAAUAGGAAAAUCAACUGCAUUGUAAAUUCUAAGUGGAAAAGUGCAACCUAAUUUGGGUUUAUAUAAAGAGCCUCCUUCAUUCGAAUAGAUCUUAAAGUAUUUUAGAGGAAGUGAGUUACAGAGUUAUUUAUAAAAAGUAUUUGAAGGAAAGGUGAAGGCUGUAAUAAAACCAUAAUAUGUUGAUUCAAUUGGUAAGGCAGUUAAAGGUAAAGUUGGAGAAGUUAUUAAGAAUAAGGAUAAAUUGAAUAGAGCAGAAUAAUUAUUAAAAGAUUUAGAAUUGUCUCAUUUAGUAGAUAGAGAAAUUGGUAUGUUAUCUGGAGGUGAAUUGUAAAGAUUUGCAAUAUUGAUGGCAUGUAUUUCAGAAAGUGAAUGUUUGAUGCUUGAUGAACCAACAUCUUAUUUAGAUAUUAAAUAAAGAGUGGUUGCAUCUAGAAUCAUUAGAAAUUAAGUAAGAGAUAACAAUUAUCUUAUUGUUGUAGAGCAUGAUCUAUCCAUAUUAGAUUAUUUAUCAGAUUUUAUUUGUUGUUUAUAUGGAGAAUAAACAGCUUAUGGUAUAGUGACAAUGCCUUUUUCAGUUAGAGAAGGUAUUAAUAUAUUUUUGGCUGGAUUUGUACCAACUGAAAAUAUGAGAUUUAGAGAUUAUGAAUUAAGUUUCAAGAUUUCAGAUAAUUUAGAUAUGUUAUUAGAGAAUUAGAAAUAAAAGAAAAAUUAUCAAUAUCCUGAUAUGAAAAAAGUAUAAGGAGAAUUUUCAUUAUAAGUAAAAGCAGGAGGUUUUAAUAAUUCAGAAAUUGUUGUUUUAUUAGGAGAAAAUGGAACUGGUAAAACUACAUUCAUUAAAAUGUUGGCAGGAAAAGAUAAAGAUGUUGUUGAUAUUCCAAAAUUAAGUGUCAGUUAUAAACCAUAAAUGAUUGCACCUACAUUUGAUGGAACAGUUUAAGAAUUAUUUAGAUCUAAAUUAUAAGAUAGUCAUAGAAAUCCAUAAUUUUAAACUGAUGUAUAUAAACCAUUGAGAAUUGAAGAUUUAGAAGAUAAUGAAGUUAAGAAAUUAUCAGGAGGUGAAUUAUAAAGAGUUGCUUUGAUUUUAGCAUUAGGUAAACCAGCUGAAGUUUAUUUAUUGGAUGAACCAUCUGCUUAUUUAGAUGCAGAAUAAAGAGUUGCUACAUCUAAAUUAAUUAAAAGAUUUAUAAUGAAUACAAAAAGAGCAGGUUUUGUUGUUGAACAUGAUUUUAUUAUGGCAACUUAUUUGGCAGAUAAGUAAUAACNUAAAUUCUAAGUGGAAAAGUGCAACCUAAUUUGGGUUUAUAUAAAGAGCCUCCUUCAUUCGAAUAGAUCUUAAAGUAUUUUAGAGGAAGUGAAUUACAAAGUUAUUUAUAAAAAGUAUUUGAAGGAAAAGUUAAAGCUGUAAUAAAACCAUAAUAUGUUGAUUCAAUUGGUAAGGCAGUUAAAGGUAAAGUUGGAGAAGUUAUUAAAAAUAAGGAUAAAUUGAAUAGAGCAGAAUAAUUAUUAAAAGAUUUAGAAUUGUCUCAUUUAGUAGAUAGAGAAAUUGGUAUGUUAUCUGGAGGUGAAUUGUAAAGAUUUGCAAUAUUAAUGGCAUGUAUUUCAGAAAGUGAAUGUUUGAUGCUUGAUGAACCAACAUCUUAUUUAGAUAUUAAAUAAAGAGUGGUUGCAUCUAGAAUCAUUAGAAAUUAAGUAAGAGAUAACAAUUAUCUUAUUGUUGUAGAGCAUGAUCUAUCCAUAUUAGAUUAUUUAUCAGAUUUUAUUUGUUGUUUAUAUGGAGAAUAAACAGCUUAUGGUAUAGUGACAAUGCCUUUUUCAGUUAGAGAAGGUAUUAAUAUAUUUUUGGCUGGAUUUGUACCAACUGAAAAUAUGAGAUUUAGAGAUUAUGAAUUAAGUUUCAAGAUUUCAGAUAAUUUAGAUAUGUUAUUAGAGAAUUAGAAAUAAAAGAAAAAUUAUCAAUAUCCUGAUAUGAAAAAAGUAUAAGGAGAAUUUUCAUUAUAAGUAAAAGCAGGAGGUUUUAAUAAUUCAGAAAUUGUUGUUUUAUUAGGAGAAAAUGGAACUGGAAAAACUACAUUCAUUAAAAUGUUGGCAGGAAAAGAUAAAGAUGUUGUUGAUAUUCCAAAAUUAAGUGUCAGUUAUAAACCAUAAAUGAUUGCACCUACAUUUGAUGGAACAGUUUAAGAAUUAUUUAGAUCUAAAUUAUAAGAUAGUCAUAGAAAUCCAUAAUUUUAAACUGAUGUAUAUAAACCAUUGAGAAUUGAAGAUUUAGAAGAUAAUGAAGUUAAGAAAUUAUCAGGAGGUGAAUUAUAAAGAGUUGCUUUGAUUUUAGCAUUAGGUAAACCAGCUGAAGUUUAUUUAUUGGAUGAACCAUCUGCUUAUUUAGAUGCAGAAUAAAGAGUUGCUACAUCUAAAUUAAUUAAAAGAUUUAUAAUGAAUACAAAAAGAGCAGGUUUUGUUGUUGAACAUGAUUUUAUUAUGGCAACUUAUUUGGCAGAUAAGUAAUNGAGCCUCCUUCAUUCGAAUAGAUCUUAAAGUAUUUUAGAGGAAGUGAAUUACAAAGUUAUUUAUAAAAAGUAUUUGAAGGAAAAGUUAAAGCUGUAAUAAAACCAUAAUAUGUUGAUUCAAUUGGUAAGGCAGUUAAAGGUAAAGUUGGAGAAGUUAUUAAAAAUAAGGAUAAAUUGAAUAGAGCAGAAUAAUUAUUAAAAGAUUUAGAAUUGUCUCAUUUAGUAGAUAGAGAAAUUGGUAUGUUAUCUGGAGGUGAAUUGUAAAGAUUUGCAAUAUUAAUGGCAUGUAUUUCAGAAAGUGAAUGUUUGAUGCUUGAUGAACCAACAUCUUAUUUAGAUAUUAAAUAAAGAGUGGUUGCAUCUAGAAUCAUUAGAAAUUAAGUAAGAGAUAACAAUUAUCUUAUUGUUGUAGAGCAUGAUCUAUCCAUAUUAGAUUAUUUAUCAGAUUUUAUUUGUUGUUUAUAUGGAGAAUAAACAGCUUAUGGUAUAGUGACAAUGCCUUUUUCAGUUAGAGAAGGUAUUAAUAUAUUUUUGGCUGGAUUUGUACCAACUGAAAAUAUGAGAUUUAGAGAUUAUGAAUUAAGUUUCAAGAUUUCAGAUAAUUUAGAUAUGUUAUUAGAGAAUUAGAAAUAAAAGAAAAAUUAUCAAUAUCCUGAUAUGAAAAAAGUAUAAGGAGAAUUUUCAUUAUAAGUAAAAGCAGGAGGUUUUAAUAAUUCAGAAAUUGUUGUUUUAUUAGGAGAAAAUGGAACUGGAAAAACUACAUUCAUUAAAAUGUUGGCAGGAAAAGAUAAAGAUGUUGUUGAUAUUCCAAAAUUAAGUGUCAGUUAUAAACCAUAAAUGAUUGCACCUACAUUUGAUGGAACAGUUUAAGAAUUAUUUAGAUCUAAAUUAUAAGAUAGUCAUAGAAAUCCAUAAUUUUAAACUGAUGUAUAUAAACCAUUGAGAAUUGAAGAUUUAGAAGAUAAUGAAGUUAAGAAAUUAUCAGGAGGUGAAUUAUAAAGAGUUGCUUUGAUUUUAGCAUUAGGUAAACCAGCUGAAGUUUAUUUAUUGGAUGAACCAUCUGCUUAUUUAGAUGCAGAAUAAAGAGUUGCUACAUCUAAAUUAAUUAAAAGAUUUAUAAUGAAUACAAAAAGAGCAGGUUUUGUUGUUGAACAUGAUUUUAUUAUGGCAACUUAUUUGGCAGAUAAGUAAUAACUUUAUUUAUAUUACAAGAGUUGUAGUGUAUGAUGGUGUACCAGGAAAAGCAUGUGUUGCUAAUGCACCUGAAGAUUUAUUAACAGGAAUGAAUAAAUUCUUGAAUGUUCUUAAUAUAACAUUUAGAAGAGGUAUACUAUCUAAUUUAUUAUUUUAUAGAUCCAACUAAUUUUAGACCAAGAAUCAAUAAAAUGGAUUCUAUUUUGGAUAGAGAAUAGAAAUAAAGUGGUAACUAUUUCUGUUUAGAUGAAUGAAAAAUUCUUAUUAAAUUUACAUAAAUUAUAAGUAUAUUUUAAUAUGUAAGUUGGACUCAACAAAUUUGGAUUUUCUUUUGAUAAAAAAAUUGGAAGUGGUUCUUUUGGUUAAAUCUUUUUAGGUACAACUUAUUGAAUAAUCUUUAAGGAACUAAUAAAUAAACUGGAUAAGAUGUAGCUAUUAAAUUAGUAUGACAAUUUUUAUUCAUCUAGGAAGCUAUUGCAAAUAAACAUCCAUAAUUAAUAUUUGAGGGCAAGAUCUAUAAAGUAUUGCAAGGAGGAAGUAAAUUAAAUUAAAUAUAUUAAGUGGGGAUUCCAUAAGCUUAUUGGGUUGGAAGUGAAGGAGAAUACAAUAUAUUGGUUAUGGAACUACUUGGUCCCAAUUUAGAAGAUCUAUUUAAUUAAUGCAAAAGACAUUUUUCAUUAAAAACAGUCUUAAUGAUUGCUUAAUAGAUGCUUUCUAGAAUUGAAUUUAUUCAUAGCAAAAACUUAAUUCAUAGAGAUAUAAAACCUGACAAUUUUUUAAUUGGAUUAACUUAAAAGAAUGAUUUAAUAUAUAUUAUAGACUUUGGUCUGUCUAAGAAAUAUAGAGAUUAGAGAACUAGUAUUAUUAAAUUAUAUUAUUUUAGAUCUCCAUAUUCCAUAUAGAGAAGGUAAAAGUUUAACAGGAACAGCUAGAUAUGCUAGUGUAAAUACACAUUUAGGAGUUGAAUAAAGUAGAAGAGAUGAUUUAGAAGCAAUUGGAUAUGUUUUAGUUUAUUUUUUAAAUGGAUAAUUACCUUGGUAAGGUUUAAAAACAGAUAAUAAGAAGGAUAAGUAUGAAAAAAUUGCAGAAUCUAAAAUUGCUACUUCAAUUGAAAAAUUAUGUGAGGGAUUACCUGAAGAAUUUUCUAUUUAUUUUAAUUAUUGCAAAAGCUUAAAAUUUGAAGAGAGACCUGAUUAUGUUUGGUUAAAGAAAUUAUUUAAAGAUCUUUAUACAAGAAUGAAAUAUCCAAAUGAUAAUGUUUUUGAUUGGACCAAACUUUGA